GAGGAAGAGAGGGGAAAGAAUAAAAAGCAACGCAGUUUGUAGCAUGGUUUGGAGAAGGAAGGGGAAGGCGGAAGUUUGAUGCUUUAAUUAUUUAGACUAUAUAUAAAUAUAUAUAUAGAUAAAAGAGGCAGACAGAUGUGAGGCGGGUCCACGUGGUUUGUUUCAGACACAGAUCUAUUGUUCAGAUCAAUAAAAAGGCAGAGUCGGGGGGGGGGGGAAGAGAAAGGGGAAAGAAAGGAGACAAACCUAAAGGGUUUAAAACCCGGUAGGAGGAGGGGAAAAAAGCAGAUACGACUGAGUGACUUUCCAUCAAGUUGAGCGGAUAUUUAAUUACUUGGAGCGGCGGAUUAAAGGAAAGGAAUUAAUUUGGCGAUCUUCCUACUUUUCUAAAAAAAAUUGGGGAUUUUCUUUCUUCCUACCCCCCCCCCCCCAACCACAACCUCCUCGUUGCCUUGGACAAGAUGCCUCGCAAGAAGGUGGACAAAAAGAAAACGAAAGGUGGAAGGAAAAGGGAACGAGACUUCAGCGAUGAAGAGGAGCUGGAGCUGGAGCAUCCCGGCAAGAAGAUGGGCAAACCCGUUCUUCAGACCGUCAAUGAGCCAGAGGAGACCAAGGAAAAAAUAAAACUAGAAGGAUCCAAGUGCAAAGGUCAGCUUCUCAUCUGUGGUGCCACAAACUGGGACUUGAUUGGUCGUAAAGAAGUUCCUAAGCAACAAGCUGCAUACCGCAACCUAGGGCAGAAUCUGUGGGGUCCAAAUCGUUACGGGUGUCUCUCAGGAAUACGAGUGCGGACAGUGUCAUCGGGAUCUUGUGCUGCUCAUAACCUCAUCAUUACAACGGAGGGGAAGAUCUGGAGCUGGGGUCGUGGGGAGAAAGGGCAACUUGGACAUGGUGACACAAAACGAGGGGAGGUCCCCAAGCUCAUUGAAGCCCUCAAAGACCAGACAAUAGUUGCAGGAGCUUGUGGACGUAAUCAUAGCCUCUGUUUAACAGAAAAUGGAACCGUUUAUGCAUUUGGUGAGAAUAAAAUGGGGCAGCUUGGUCUCGGAAACCAGACUGAAGCGGAACCCUGCCCUUCACAGAUAAUGUACAAUGGCCAGCCGAUUGUAAAAAUUGCCUGUGGUGCAGAAUUCAGUAUGAUUGCUGACUGCAAAGGGAACCUGUACUCUUUUGGCCAUCCAGAGUACGGGCAGCUUGGACACAACUCUGAUGGGAAGUUCAUUGCCCGAGCCCAGAGAAUUGAAUUUGAUUGUGAAGUGGUGCCGCGGCGUGUAGCAAUCUUCCUGGAGAAGACGAAAGAUGGUCAGAUCUUACCUGUGCCAAAUGUUGUUGUCCGUGAAGUGGCCUGUGGAGCGAAUCACACGAUUGCUCUUGAUUCGCAGAAGAGGGUGUUUACCUGGGGAUUUGGAGGAUAUGGUCGCCUAGGACACUCUGAACAGAAAGAUGAAAUGGUUCCACGCCUUGUUAAGCUGUUUGAUUUCCCUGGUCGAGGUGCUGUACAGAUCUGUGCGGGGAACACCUGCUCGUUUGCAGUGAAUGAAAUGGGUGGCUUGUUUUUCUGGGGUGCUACUAACACUUCCCGUGACUCUACGAUGUAUCCCAAAGUGGUGCAGGACCUGUGUGGGUGGAAGGUUCGAAGCCUGUCCAGCGGGAAAAGCAGCAUAAUUGUGGCAGCUGAUGAGAGCACAAUCAGCUGGGGACCUUCACCUACCUUUGGAGAAUUGGGAUAUGGAGACAACAAACCUAAAUCCUCCACCACUGCACAGGAGAUAAAGACCUUGGAUGGAGUUUAUAUUGAGCAGGUUUCUAUGGGCCAUGCUCAUUCGUUGAUGAUAGCAAGAGAUGAAAGUGAUGCAGAGAAAGAGAGGAUUAAGAAGUUGCCCGAAUAUAACCCACGGAUUAUCUGAUGCUGUGUAGCCUGAGCAACCAUACAUGAAAGCUUCACUUGAACAAAGGCAGCUGAAGUUUAACAGUGCACUGGUCAACAAGAUUCAAAAAAAAAAUUCCACACUGAACAGGGAGCCAGGCAAUGGACAACAUCUUAUAAAGAACUUUUCCAAUUCAUUACAAAAAAAUGUUAGUGGUACUUUCACGAUCGCGAUUACAUAUGCAGCUCGUAGUAGUGUUUCCAAAGCAAUUGAGUUAAACAAUGCACGCGGAUAGUUAAUUUUAGUUGUGUUGUAUGGCCAUUGUGUUACCAUUGCUUCAGUAAUGGCCAUUUCUUACUAAUGUGUUGGGGCUUUCUGUAUUUUCUUUUUAAGCCCAGAUUUGGCUGUUUUAAUUGGUCACCAAGAGCGGUGUAAACAAGCUGGAUUGCUGGGAAUCAUGGUCUUCAAAUGGCUACAUUUAAACCAUCACUCCGGUACAAUUAUUUCUAAUUUUAGUUCUGAUCUGGCCAGAUGAUAUGGUCAAUGGCAUAUGUGUAAAUUGUGAAAUUAAUAGACUUCCUCUGUGUGUUUCGGAAGUGUGCACAGAUUUUUUUCCAUCUGGUUCUGCUCACCAUCAAGUCCUGAAGUGUCACUCAGCUUUUGUGAAGACCAAACGUUCCAGUAGUACAGGACAGGACAGGACAGGACAGGACCUGAGUAGAUUGGACUUCAACACUGCCUGAUGUUUCAGAGAAGCAAUGUUCCAGUAGAAAGCGAUCUUUUUGAAAAACACAUGCUCCCCUUUUUGGUGCAAUCACAUAUCUCCAGCUUUAUUUUGAGAGGUCUGUUGAAAGAUGUUCGUGUUAUUUGGUUUUUGACCUCUUUAGAUCCCACGAAGAAUUCAGGUCCUUUGCGAUUGUGGGUCAUGUUAGAUUGUUGUUGACAGCAGGAGAGUAGCUGUCAGCAGUACCCCAUCAAUGAAAGUGCCUUAUGAUGUCCCACUCUGGCCAAUUCAUUCCCAAUAAUUUAUUAAAAUUUGUUUUAAUGAUUUCUUCUGCACAGGCCUAAUGGCAGUCACAUUUCCAUUUGCUACUCAUGGUCUGUAUUAAGCUAUGUGUUUGGUUACAGUUUUACACUUCUGAUAAGCUAAUGGAACUAUUAUUUGCCCUUUCUCACUCCUGCCCAGUCCUGUCCACUUUUGGAUUUUUUUAAAAAAUAAAAAUGAUCUUUUGUGCACUAACUUUAUCAGCCCAAAUUCUAACCAUUUGGGAUAUUUCUUUUGCUUAGAUUUUUAAAAGUCAAGAGAGGUGCUUUUGAGAGUUUUCAGUGUGGCGUGGUCAUUUAUGAAUGCAAGGCUUAUGGUAGUCCUUUGCUGCCUUUCCUAUAACGGGAACAAUGAAAUUGGCAUUACAAUUCUGAGAACUGAGACCGAAAGGAACUCUGAGCAAUGAAUCUGCAAUAGUGAAGGGGAGGUGGGACCUCAGUUACCAGUGGCUUGUUGACUGUUCAUUAUUUGACUAACCAUUUUGCUCUUCUAAAGAUCAGGGUAAGUUUUUAUUUCAGGUAUUUUACUAGGAGCAUAAGGCACAGCAGGAUUAGGUCCAGAACAGUUUACUAGACCAAGUAGUCUUUGAGCAUUUGGAAAUUUCAUUGGUAUUUUGUGUGAUAACCCUGUUUUGAUUCUUCCAGUAAUAUUAGUGGGGUGUUCACGUUAGAUACUUUACAUAUUAACACCUGCAUACUGCACCUUCAUUGCAUUAUAUCCUAAAUUCUAAUAUCCUUUUUGGUCAGAUUUUCCAUCUGUUAAGUUCUGAUACAUAGCAGAUUUUCCAUUACUUCUAUUAUUAUAAAUUUGGAACCCAUAUCCAAAAUGUGUUCAUUCCAAGCUAUUAGUAAUCAGUUGUAGUCUUUUUAUCCUCCACCUGCAACACUUCCAUUGCUUCUUUGUGAUCUGACUGACCAUAAUGUGUGCGGUAUUGACAAUUCCUCAUUGGUGUCAAACAUGCUUAUGCUACAGCGUGAACAUUUGUAACUCAUUCCAGUGGUGUGGCUUCUGCCAUUCAGAAAGCCACGUUCCUGACUCUGGGUGCAUGACUGUGACCCUGUGAUUACAAAUCCAGUUUUGGCAGCCAUUUAAAAAUAAAAAAGGACCUAAGUUACCCUUUAAAUUUUUUUUUGGGAUGAGAGGAACUGGAAAAAUGCAGAUUACUCUAAAAUAUUUCUCUCUUCUUGUCUUAGCUGCCUUGUUGAAUCAAAAUUGUAGUUGCCCUAUUUUUCACCUCUUAUUCCUUCAAAUUCUUUGUCUGUCUAGAUACAUUUCAAAUGAACUGAAUUUUAAGAGUUUGGAUGCCUUGGAACAAUGUGCUGGAAGGACCCUUAUGAUUUGGCUCCCGUAAUCAGUCUAAGCAGAACUACUGGUGAGGUGAAAGAUGCUGACAUGAGUAAACCAAUAAAUUUAACCAUUUUAACAAUCGAGUCAUGGUAUUAAAUACUGCAGUUUUGUGGGGCAUAGAACUUUAGAAUAAGCUGAUGGUGCAUCCUCUUCCACAAGAUGAAAUUGCAUUGGCAUCUUGGUGCUGAACGAGUUGAGAAAUGGCUGGUUGCAUUUUGUCUGACAAAUUGCACAUUCUUUUAAAGAAGCUAGUAGUGAUUGGCAGACUGCAAUUCAUACUGAAUUUUGUAUUCCAGUUAAAUUUGCAGCUAUACACUGGUGGUUAUGAAUUUACAACCCUGAAGUUUCCAGACUUUGGUCUGUGCUGGAGUGCAGGAAUAAAUUCAGUUCUGUAAAAUGUUAGAUAAACAUGCCUCCCUUUCUUUGGUUUUAAUUUUUAAAUUAACUUUUCCCCCACUCUGAUUUGCCAGCCAAACUGCCUACUUUCCAUUCUGUAAUUGGCAGUGCUGUGGUGUAAUUAUCAACAGCUACAAUAGCUAGGUUUUGCUUGUAUCUUCCUAAUGUUUGCUUCUCUUUUUUUUGAGAUCCUGGUAAGUUCCUUGCCUGAAAACAACAGUAUCAGUGUACUGAGAUGUGUGUGCAAUUUCUAUUUUGAACCUUUUUUAAAAAUCUGCUACACAGUGACCCUGUGUGGCACUACAGUUACAUUUGGUGUCUUCCUGCAGCAACUGUUGCUUAAGUGUCAAGUUAGCCCAUGUUCUGCCCCCCACCCCUUUUUUCCCCUCUUUUUUCCUUCUGGUUUCAAAGGUGCAGGCUUUAUGGAAUUGGGUAUAAAUGUACCACAGAAUUUUUUCAGGUGCAAGUUGCACUUAUGGUAUCUUGCAUCAGUAGCUGUGAGUAUGCACUCUUUUCUGUAAGUAUUGCAUGGAAUUCAACCAGACUGUCUUGAAAAUAAAGUAACUUGGAUAACUUUGGACUUGUUGACAUCUUUCAAUGCUCGUGAAUUUGUGUACAAAAUAAAUAACACAGUGAAACCGAGCAUUAGAUGGUGUUCUUCUGUGGGAAUUUUUUAUUUAUUUAAAUAAUUUUUCUCCAUAGUAAAAGGACGGCUAUUGAUAUAUGGCCUGUGACCACCAACAAAUGACACCGUGAGUUUCACAUGCCUGUGCAGAUUACCUUUGGUUUCCAGCUCCAGAUGUCUGGAAUUUACUAAGCCUGCCAAUUUUAAUUUUCACAAUCUGAAUGGGGAGUCAAACUGGACUUCCCCUUUUUAAAGCAUCAGUUUUCUUUUUGUUAAUUACAUAUGUCCAAAUUUAGAAACACAUAUACUCUAAAGUAGAAAGUGGUUCACCUUGCGAAAAAGAACCUUGCUCCUUUAAAAUGGUUUGAUUUUUGGAAAGCUGUGAAGCUGUUGUAGUACAAACUUUUUUGUUUGUGUUUCUGUGGGUGUUUUAUCCACACCCAGAAAUCCCUCUUGGAGGAGAAUUGGGAAGGAUGGGAGAAUGAAGAGGGAAAUUUCCUGUUUCUUGGCUCAUUUACCCCAAAGGAGAGAAAAUCUUAAAUGUUCAUUGUAGCUGUGGUGCUGGGUGAAGUAAUUCCACUAUGUACAAAUGCCAUCCAAUUGUACUAUUCAUGGCUUCCCUGGUAACGCAAAACUAAUAAUGGAAUUGAAUAUUUGCAAUUUUCAACACUUCCCAAAUGGAAGUGCGUUGUCGGCUUGUUUAGUAAGUUGUGUUGGGAGGGAGCAUGUCUUUUCAUGCUGUUAUUAAUGACUAGUUUCUUGGCAUCAUUAGAUUUAGUUAGUAAUUUGUAGCCAAUUAGCUGCCUGUUCAGUGCUGUAAACUUUUUUCUUUUUUUUACUUUUGUAUUUCUUGCAAUAAAUUGAAUAAAUUUUACCUUUCAUUUC